GACCACCGGAAAGAUAAUAGAAAUUUUCCAUAUCGUUCCCUUUCAGAGGUUGUCUUACAUCAACCUUUGAUCAUAGAUACUGUAAUGCAUGAGAAAACGUUGAGCAAAAUAUCUAGUGAGGAUUCAGCCCUUUUUAACGUUGAUAAAUUUAGAACUCAUGGAAAAGGCAAUAAACAAGACCAUAUU